CAUAAUCUUUUUGUGUGGGCAACCCCUUCCCUUACACUCAAACUGUAUUAACUAAACAAAACAAGAAAGUAACAAAGAAGUGAGUUUGAAAGAUGCCUUGGAGCAGAAUUUCCGGUUCAGUGUCUUCUCCACAGGUGGAUGUUGUCAUAGACAUGGGAAAUCCUUUCCUUAAUCUAGCUGUUGAUGGUUUCUUGAAGAUUGGAACUGUUGCAGCUACAAGGGCACUUGCAGAAGAUACCUUUCAUAUUGUUCGAAAGGGAAGUGUUUCAAGUAAUGAUUUUGAGAAAACUCUGAAGAAGAUGUGCAAGGAAGGUGCAUACUGGGGAGCUAUAGGUGGUGUAUAUGUUGGAACAGAAUACGGGGUAGAGAGGAUCCGUGGUACCAGAGACUGGAAGAAUGCAAUGAUCGGAGGUGCAGUGACAGGGGCUCUGGUAUCUGCAGUCAACAACAACAAAAAAGACAAGAUUGCAGUAGACGCCAUUACAGGGGCUGCAAUUGCCACUGCUGCAGAAUUCAUAAAUCACUUUACCUGAAUGAACUGAAUUGGAUGUGUUUUUGCUAUUAUUGCAUGUUAGAAAAGGGGUUGAAUUGUAUUACUAUUGACCAUUUAAAUCAUUUUCUAACCAGAUUGUUCAAUCCUUUGUUUAAAACAAACUUUAUGAGGGUAAUUAUUUUGAAAGAAAA